UAAAAGAGAUCCACAUCACGUGCUGGUUAACUGUUGCACAUCAGACGUCUUUGGCUUGUCUUUAAUGGCAGUGAGUAAGACUUAGGGGAAGGUUUAAGUGUCGGUUCAGGUCAUCUGGGUGUCAUUGGUUUUACACAGCACUUUGAACCAUGGGUCUGCGAAACUCCCGUCCAGAGCUGUUUCCAGGAGACAUCCUAGAGUUCCCUUGUAAUAAACACUUUUCUCAUUAUGGAGUUUACUAUGGAGAGAGAGAUGGUGUCGCUUAUGUAGCUCAUCUUACCACAAGAGACUCGACCUCUCAGUUCCUCAUUUUCGGCCGCGCGCUGAACUCCUCGGUGCGGCUGGACCCUCUGGAUAUGAUGGGCAAGAAGUAUAAGGUGUGCAACGGUCUAGACGACAAGCUUCCAGCGCGGGACUUCCACAACCACAUCAAGCCCGAGAUCGACGAGGCCAUAGGCAAACCAGUCACUUUCGACGUUCUUUUCCACAACAGUGAGCAUCAGGCUACACUGUUUCGCUAUGGAGUGAAGAGGUCCGAGCAGAUUGAGAAAGUCUAUGCCAGAAUUGUGUCCACUUGGCGAGAGCCAUUUGAGAAGAAAAAGCUGUGAUCCAAAGAAUAUGGAGGUAGAUUCUACGUCUACUAUCUAUACAUCCAUACGACAGCCUGAUUUAGCAAGGCAUGACUGUGUCCGAAAUGAUACAAGAAAAUGAUGGCUUACAUUAUUUUUGUAAAUAUAUUGUAUUUAGUUAAGAAAUUGUUAUGUCUUCCAUGAAAUUGUUUUGGACUAUUUGAAGACACUUUCCACAAGGGGGCAGUAAUGUCAUGGCUAAUGUAGGUCAUAUACUGUAUGAGACUCCAUUUCCCUCAGUGAAAAUGCUCAUGGUAGUAUGCAAGUAAUACAAUAUUAUGACCUCACAUUUCAUUCAAAACACAGUCCAAUACAUUUUGAUGAAGCAUACAGUAUCUGUUGAUCACCCAGAAUAAGCUGCAUUCUCCUACACGGAUAAAUCUGGUCCAGGAUAAAAAAAAACAUUUUGAAUGGAAAUCUUUUUAGAAGACUGGUCUUCAUGGGGCCAGUAACUGCUUGCUCAAGGUCAGCGCUUCUUUUUCACUUUUUUUAAAAAAUUGGAAUGAACAUUAAACAUUCAGUUGAGUCUCCAUCUGCCAAUACUUCAAACACCAUUAAUCAUGUGUUUCCCGUCUUGAUAUAGUGUCUGUGUUUCUGAUUAAAUGCGUUUGACCUA